AUGUUUCGGAGCGUGAAGUCGAAGAGGAACAAGCGGCGGCGCGUCGCGGACACGGAAGAGAACGCGGGCGCCGCUACGGACCGCACUGUCGACGACGACGUAGCGAGUGCUCCUGCGAGUGCCGACCGACGUCCGAUCAACACUUUUACGACUGGAGGCGUGAAGAAGGCCAAGAACGUGCUCCAGACGCGACUGGUCGAGUCCGAGCGUGAGAUUGUGCCCCAGAAGUAUGCAGGGGACGCCACGUAUGAGACGCAAAUUGACACAGAGAAGGACCGUGAUGCGCGUGCGGUCAUGGAGCGGAGCAUCAAAGCGAACACUGACGGCAGUGCAGAUACAGACAGUGGCAACGUCUAUCGUGGCCAAGCUGCCUAUAAGAGCUACAUCACCAAGAAGGAGUCCCAGAUUGGCAUGAACAAAUACACCGGCACGCAAGGCCCCAUCCGGGCCCAAACAUGGGCGCGGGCGAUCUGUCGCUUUGACUACCAGCCAGAUGUAUGCAAAGAUUACAAGGAGACCGGUUUCUGCGGCUACGGAGAUAGCUGCAAGUUCCUCCACGACCGCGGAGAUUACCAAAGCGGGUGGCAGAUUGAGAAAGAGUAUGCGGAAAAGGAAAAGAAACGCCAGAAGCGACUGAAAGAAGGGCGAGACGCUGAUCAAGACAGCGAUGAAGAGACCAAGAGCGGGGACAAGAAAGACGGCGAAGAGCAAUUUGCCUGCACGAUCUGCCGCGGUCCGUUUCGCAACGCCUUGGAGACAACUUGCGGCCAUUUCUUCUGCGAAACGUGUGCUUUGAAGCACUUCAAAAAGUCGUCGCGAUGCUUUAACUGCAAGAAGCAAACCAACGGCAUCUUUAGUGUGGCCGAGAAGUUGCGAGCGAAAGAGAGAGAACAGCAUGCUACGGAUGCUAACGCAGCUGGCACGUCUAUACGAUCAAACUGCGUUACUGCGGUGACGGAUGCAGCAGCAGAUGUAGAGGAGAACAGUAGCGGAGGCUGGACGAGAGUCACUGAAGCUUCAUGA